AUGAAACCACAGUUAGCCCCGACCCUCGACCUAGAUGUGCCGAGCCUUCUUUCGGUGGAGUAUCCGCUCAGAGUGAAAGACACAGAAAAGGCCAUAGCGAUGAUCGGAGGACGUGAAAAGCUAAAAAAGUGUUUCAUCGAACCAGAUAUGAAGCUAGAACUGCGAUUCCGUCCCGAGGACCCACUUUCGCAUCCGAUACACUCGACAGUGCUGAAGAACUCUGGGAACGUGUUGGUGAAGUUCCGUAUUCCGAAGAAAGUUUUGGCCGCCAACAAUAGAGAUAUCAGGAAAUCUAUUGAGCAGUGUGAGAAGGAAAACAUCAAGUACUUGAUUGAGCCCUUUGGGAUAUUGAAACAAAACUACAAGUUCAGAAAGUUAGCAGAUUUCCAGAAAGUGACAAAGACUUCCGAGUUCAACAACAAGUUCAAUGAGUCGAUCAGAUCCGGGAACUUUGAAAAAAUUGAUGGUUUUGCUGAAGAGUUGAAAGAAAGCAUGGACGAGAUGCAGAAAUUCGAGAAUAAGGAUCUGGACCUCCCUUCCUUGGUUAGAUAUUCCAGAGAAGACGUAUCGCACAGCUAUAAAUAUUUUGGGAAUCUAUUACUUGAUGAGCAAGGAGAGUGGGUAAACAAAGCUGUGAAAUUGCAUUCAAUCCAGAUCCAGUGGGGCGACCCCAUUCCGACCAAAUACGAUCCGAAGCUAGAUGUGGAGUAUAACAAGGCGAUUGGUGAAGUCGAGCGGAUGAAGGAGAUGAAUUUCCCGGAUAGAAUCAUCUACGAAUCUGUUUCCUAUCAUUUGAUUGAAUGCCUGAAAAUUGUGCGAAAAUUAUUUGAUAUGAAACCGAUAUGGAUCCGGAGACACAUUUACUGGCUAUUGCCAAAGAGUUUAAGAUCACAACUUCGUUUUGCGCUACCCUUUGUGACAUAUACUUUCAAAAAGGGACCUUGGAGGCACUCGUUCAUCAAGCUAGGGUACGAUCCUACAAAGGAUCCCAAGGCCGUUGCUUACCAGAUUGAAGCAUUUAGAGGGGUUACCCGAGUUAACCACGACGAAGAAAUCGAGAAAAUUCUCGAAGGCGACGGAGACGUGUAUAUGAUUCCGCCGACGUUGUAUGACUACAUUGACGAGUUCAGCGAUGCAACUAGUGAAAUAAACAAGCUUGGCAUCGGUAAGAUACCGAGACAGCUUUUUUUCGACGGCAGCAACCCGUGCAACUCCUUGUCGUUCCAAAUCGGCGACAUCAUGGACAAGGACGUGAAGAAGAUCAUUGACGGUUCUCCGUUGGAGACGACGUGCCACAAGGGCAGCGGGUGGUUGAAUUGGCUCGCGUUGUCGAGAGUGAAGUCUAUCAUGAAGUACAAAUUGUCGUGCAUCCGCGAGGGGCUUCCGAUCAGCAAGGACAAGGUGCACGACCUGAUGAUCAAGACUGUCUUCACCAAGAGUAUAACGAUGGGACUGAUGUCGGGUGAUGACGACGACGACGACGACGACGACGACGACGACGACGACGACGACGAUGAUGAUGAUGACGACGACGACGACGCCAAUGGCGACGAGAAUGGCGACGAUGAGGAGGAACAACGCAGAAAGACGUCGGGGAAGAAGCGCAAGGGCGGGAGUACGGCACAGCCGAAGGCGGAGGGCCAGAGGCCCCAGGGGAUUGCCAGCGACGACAUCGUGAAGCGGCUCGAGAAGCUGAACCCGAAGAGCGCCAACAUCAUCCACGAGUUGGACAACUUCGUGAAGCAGGAGACGCUCCUGGGCGACCACCUGUCGAAGCUCGGGAAGGCCUGA